CUCUGCUCUCUACAAAUUCUCACUAUUUACAGAAUUUAUAGAUUUUGGGGGGAAAAUACUCAUAUAUUCGAUGUCGACAUUCCUUAGGCAAUAGCUUAAAUGCUAGGCACGCUUCUGUUGUUAAGCAUUGCAAGAAGAGGCCACACGACCGUCUCAUCUAGACUCAAGAAUGAAAUACGCAGACAAAAGCAUUCACUGAUUUCUGACUGGAAACCUUAUUUGAUUUACAACCCAAAGAAAAUGUACAAAAGCAGUAAAAGUGAAGUGUCCAGGCCGUACAGGGUGUCUGUCGAGGGAAACAUUGGCAGUGGAAAAUCCACUUUUCUCUCGUACUUUGAGCGUUUUUCGGAGGUCGAGACAUAUUUGGAGCCACUUGAUCGUUGGAGGGACGUGCAAGGCUAUAAUGUUUUGGAUCUCCUCUACAGUGACUUGACCAAGUGGAAUCUCACCUUCCAGCACAUGGUGCAGCUGAGCAGAGUGAACAUUCAGACGUCCACGUCGUCAAAGACGGUCCAAAUGUUUGAAAGAAGUGUCCAGAAUAACAGAUACUGUUUUGGGGAAAUGGCUUACAAAGGAGGCCUGCUGUCUGACGUGGAGUACACAAUUUUUGACAAGUGGUACUCGUGGGUCAGCAACAACACUGACAUUGGUUUAGAUCUCAUAGUAUAUUUGCGGAGCAACCCAGAAAAAGUUUAUCAGCGGCUGCUGCAGCGCUCUAGGAAGGAAGAGCUGAGCGUGUCCUUGGAAUAUCUGCAGCAGGUGCAUGAUGCCCACGAAAAAUGGCUCCUGCACGGCAUCCCAGCCAAGGCUCCGGCGCCAGUGCUUGUCCUGGACGCGAAUUCCAACCUGGACGCCAUGUACCGCCAGUAUGAGCUUAACCAGGAAGUGAUUCUUGGCAUGAGGAAGAAACUCGCCAAUUAAAUAUGACCAAAAAACUGACAAGAACGUUUCAGUCUAUUUCUGGACUGAUAAUGUGUGCUAUAUUGUUUUUUUUUGUUCUGUUAGAGAACUUUUUGUCGCAUUUUACAGGCAUUUCAGUGUAAUAAGAGACCAAUAUUUGUGAAACAAUUAAUUAUUAU